AUGAACGCCUCGCAUGUUUCUUCAACGGGUCGUCGUACUCAGACUAAACGUAAACCUCGUAUCACUCCGUCUGCAAAAUUGGAUCUUAAUGGGGAUCAACAGUAUACAACUCGUAAUCAGACAUUAUCUCCUUCACACAGUCUAGCGACUACGCCUAUUGUCGCUUCCAAUAUAACAGCGAGCCCACCUAAAAUUUCGCGUAGUCGUCCUUCAAGUUACUCCGAUAAAGACAAGGCAAAAUCUGAUGACGGUUUCCAUUCAGAUUCUGAUAAAGAGAGCAACCAUUCCAACAUAAGCAUACGUCAAGGCAAAAAAUAUCCUGCCAGAUCUUCUUCAUUAAACAAAUUGGAACCUUCUGCGCGCAUACGUGCUAAAACUUCUUCAGGAAGUAUGUCAGAGAACGUAAAGAUAGGAAACGCUACGAGCACUGUGUCUAGUCGAUCAACAACGAAUGAUAGAAGUGCAGAGGAAGCCAAACAGGAGAGGAAGAUAGCGGAUUUAGAAAUAUCCAUCAAGUCUCUCAUGAAAAUUAACGCAGAGUUGGAUGAAACAAACAAGAAACAAGUGAUUGAAAUUCAGGAAUUAAAACGAAAACUUCGAAUGUCUGAUACGUUUAUGUUUGAGAUAUACGACGCAACAGAAGAAGAUUGUGUAUCCACGCCAUCAUCCGAGCUGGAUUUCGCGGAAACACAAAAAGAUAAUGAUAUACGGUUUCGACGGAUAUGUUUGGCUAUUGAUGAGAUGUUACAAACGGGGAAGGCUGCUCUUGAACACACACUGAAAAUUGGUGGGACCCGAGUCUUAACUGAAGCACAGAUGAAUAUAACGGACACUUUAUUCCCUGAUAAGCAUAAUGAUGUUGACUCGAAAACUAUAGGUGACACGCACUCGGAAGCAGUUUCUGGUAGACGAACACCUACUCUUGUACCAGAUUCAGUACCAACUCGAUCUCGUUCGCUGGAUAUUACGAAACGUAAAAACAACUCAAAUGAAACGCGUCGAUCGAGGAAUUCAAUGAAAACGUUUGCUUCAUCUGACAAUUUAAUCCUAGCCAAUUCAACACAAAAUAAAUUAUCAAAGUUCGAUCAUGACCCACCUGACACUUCUGCUACUUCUACAUCUGCAGAAUCGAAUGUACAAACCCCUUUGUCAUCCAACGAGUCAUCUAUAUCGGUUGAUUCGACGCACGAGUUCCAAUCAUCGCGGGACAUUCGAAUUCGUGCAAUUAUCGAUGAGUUGUUAGUUAUUGUUAAACACCCGUCAAACACGAAUAGUCUCACCCCUCCUCAAACGCCUGGACGGGAUGGUCUUGGAUGGCUUUUAUUGAACCAGGAUGUUAAGCCGACCUACUUCACCCAUAGAGCCAAUAGCGGAAUAGUAGAAUCGUCGCCCGCCAUUCCGUUGUUGCACGAAUUACAAGAUCUCUUGGGGUAUAAAAAUGAUGCAAUAGACGACAGAAAAGAGACGAAAAAUCAUCGUACGAAUAUGCCUCCUAUGGAUGUGGGUAAGAUUCACAUUACGCCGCCUGAUGAAGAACAUUUGAAUGGAGAUAAUAAUCGCAUAAUGAAAGGAGUGAAUGCGACUUCGCGAAUGGGAAAUCUAAAUCAGAAGCAGAAAUUAAUACGACGGCGCUCCUCACCGUCAUUUCGAGCUUCCGAGGAAAGAAUGAAUACCGUUAGUGAACGAAUUGGAAAGGGUCUAUCAUUAUCAGGUAGUCUGAAGAUAAUAAUAGACGAGGAGGAUGAGGGAGAAGUAAAUAAGGGGAUAUCGUGGAUGUCAUCGUUAAGAUUUCUGUCUCCAUGGAAGGCUGCUGAUUAA